AUGAACAGACAAGAAAUUCUGAACCUGAAACCAGAAAAGAAGAUCUCCAAUUAUGGUUUCAGUCUCAAGGCAAUUCUUGGUAAAGGCUCCUUUGGAACCGUCUACUUCGGGAGAGAGAUGAAUACCUAACUCCCUGUAGCUCUUAAGGUUAUCGAUCAUUCUAAAUCUGAAAAUUACUCACAAUUAUAUUCGUCACUUCACAAGGAAAUAGAAAUCAUGAAAAAGUUAAAACAUCCCAAUAUUGUUGAAUUAUAUGAAGUUUACUCAACCUCAAACAACACCUAUCUGGUCGAAGAAUAUUGCAAUGGACCAGAUUUAAGAUAGUAUUUGUCAGAAAAAAGGGUAAUAGAGGAAGAUUAAGCCAUCAAGAUGAUAAAACAAAUAGCCAAUGGACUAAAAGAGAUAGUCAACAAUAAUUUUAUUCAUCGAGAUCUCAAACCUGCCAAUAUCCUGAUCCAUGACGGCCUAUGCAAAAUAGCUGAUUUUGGAUUUUCAAGACCAUUGCCAUCGGAAUGUGUAAUGGAAUCUCUAGUGGGCACUCCCCUUUAUAUGGCACCCUAAAUCCUAACCAAAUAACAAUACACCUCAAAAUGUGAUGUGUGGUCAUUGGGACUGAUAUUUUAUGAAAUGUUAUUCGGAACUCUGCCGUGGAUGGCCACAAACUAUAUGGAAUUGAUAUACAGAAUUAAUAAUUGCAAGUUGACUUUCCCAAAGAAUAACAAAAUCUCAAAAGAAUCCCUUAGCUUUAUUCAAGGCUGCUUACACAAGGAUGAAAUAUAAAGGUUUAGUUGGAAUGAAGUCUUCCUUCAUCCUCUAAUUAGACCAUAAAUGAAAAUCCUUUUAGAACCUGGAAUUAACGAAAUCUGCAGUCCCAAAUUUUAAACCUAAAGAUAACUGCAAUCUAACGAUAAGUCAGCACUCCCAACUCUUAGAGAAAGAAGUUGUUCCGGAAAGAAUUCAAAUCCUCAAAACAAACAAGCUGAAUAUAAGAGCGAAGUAAAAAUAGAAUAGAAAUAAGAUUUACCUCCUCCAAGUUCAAGUCAAUAGUCAACUGAGGGGGAGGAAAAUAGUAAAGUGGCAAAGUACUAUCUUCCUAAAUAAUAACAGAAAUUAAGAAGGACGAGAUCUUAAUUUGAAAAUAUUAAACCUAAUCAAACAGAAAUCAUUCCCAAAAGACAGAUCUAACAACCUUUACCAUCUAACGGUAAUCUGAUCAAAUAAGCCUUUCCAAGUAAAAAGAGACAUAAUUUUGAAAUAUUUCAAAAACACAAUACUUCGAAAUAGAAAACAAAUUCUGAAACAAUUAAUUAAUUGCUUGAUUUAAUAGCUUCAUUAGAAAAGGAUGUAAAGAAUUAAGAUGUGGAUUUGGAAGCUUUCCUUAGCAAAGAAAGAAUAGCAAUUGCAAAUGGACAAUAAAACCAUGCUCUCAGGAUUAAAAUCGCCUAAAAGUAUCUUGAGAAGCUUGAAGGCAAUAAGAGAAGGAAAUUAGAAUCCUUUAUUAGUUUGCUAUAGAAAGAUCUUAAUUCUGAAGAGAACAAUCCUUUUCUACCAAAACAGAAUAAUGCCGCACUUGUGCUGUAUUAAUCUUGA